AUGGCAGGCGGAAUUGUGACCGUGGCUAGUGCGGUGAUGAACCCCCUCAUCGGCAAGCUCAACGCACUCAUGGGCGUCGAGUACGACAAGUUCAAAGGGGUCAGGAAGCAGGCCUCGUUCCUCGAGAGGGAACUCAGCGCCAUGAACGCUGCCCUCCAGAAACUCGAGCUCAUGGAUGACGAGCUCGAUCCAACCAUCAAGGACUGGGUGGACCAUGUCAGGGAUAUGUCCUAUGACAUGGAGAAUUGCAUUGAUGACUUCAUGCACAAUUUUCGCACUGGUGAUGCCAAGGAAGGCCUUAUAGAGAAGACUGCUCAAUUCAUCAAGAAGUUUCGACAACGUCUUCGGACAGUCGAUCGGAUGGAAGAGCUCAAGGAUCUUGCCUUGGAGGCAAAUUCUCGGCGCGAGAGGUAUAAGAUUGAUGAGUGGAAGCCCGCCUCUGGUUCUGUGGCUGUUGACCCUCGGCUGCGAGCGGUCUACCAGGAGGCAGCUACUCUCGUGGGCAUUGAUGGUCCAAGGGAGAAAGUUGCUACUUUGUUGAUGGAUACUCAAAAGAAACUCAAGGUGGUGUCAAUUGUGGGAUUCGGCGGUCUUGGUAAAACUACACUUGCCAAACAAGUGUACGACAAGACUGGCUCUCAAUUCGACAGAAAGGCAUUCUUUUCAGUUUCACAGAGGCCUGAUAUAGCUGAGCUACUUAACAAUUUCCAAUUGAAACUAGGGAUGGAUGACCCUGUUUCGUCUCGCGCUCGCAAGGUUAAUGACAUCAUUGACGAGCUAAGGCAACAUUUGAAAGAUAAGAGGUACCUUAUUGUUGUUGACGAUGUGUGGGAUGAAUCAACAUGGAAAACUAUAUUGUGUGCUUUUCCGGAAGAUUGUAAUGGAAGUAGAAUAAUAGUUACAACACGCGUGGAAGGCGUGGCUAGAGCAGCCUGUCAUAAUGGCCGUGAGAGCAUCUACAAAUUGGAACCUCUUAGUGAAGAAAACUCAAGAAGGCUGUUAUUGAAUAGAGUAUUUGGGUCUGUGCAUGAUUGUCCAUCCGAACUUGAAGGCGUCAUGGUUGAGAUUUUGAAGAAGUGUCAUGGAUUGCCACUUGCAGUUAUCACAAUAGCUAGCCUAUUAGCCGGUGAAGAAAGAUCAACAAAGGGCUGGGAAAGUAUUAGGGAUUCUUUAGGUGCCCAAUCUGCGACAAAUCCUAACUUGGAAGAGAUGAAGAAUAUAUUAAACCUUAGCUACAUGCAUCUUCCUGCUCAUCUGCGGGCAUGUUUUUUGUACCUUGGUAUGUAUCCCGAGGACUUCGAAAUCUUGACGGAUGAUCUGGUUCGACAAUGGAUAGCUGAAGGUUUCAUCAGUAGUUUGCAUGUGGAAGAUCUGGAGGAUAUUGGCAGGAGUUAUUUGAAUGAACUUAUCAAUAGAAACAUGAUUCAGCUUGAUGAAACAGAGUGUAAGGAGGCGUGUUGCAAAGUUCAUGACAUGAUGCUCGAUUUGAUCCUAAGUAAGUGUGCUGGAGAUAACUUUGUAAGUGUGGCAUACAAUUAUCAAGACAUGGCAAGGCUACAUGGAUGUAAAUAUAAGGCUCGCCGAUUAUCUCUGAGGUCCACUGUUGGUGGUGGAGCAACAAAUGGCCCAACUAUUGAUGUUACCCUAUCACAAGUUCGAUCAUUUACACUAUUGGGGAACUUCAUGCCUCCUCUUUUCUCGUUCAAGUAUCUCCGGGUGUUCAGAAUUGAUGAAGGUCUUUCUAAGGGUGAGGGGGAUACACUUGACCUCACCGCUAUUAGCCAAUUGUUUCAGCUGCGGUAUUUGUAUGUUCGGGGACACGAUUUUGUACAGCUCCCUACUAAACUUCAAGGGCUUGUUUACUUGGAGACACUAGCCAUAAUUGAUGCAGAUAUCAAGAGCAUCCCCUCAGAUAUAGUCCUUUUGCCCCGCUUGGCCUAUCUUCAAAUUUGCAUGGAAGAAGUGCUGCCUGAAUGGAUUGGGGAUAUGACAUCAUUGCAAACUCUGAUAUUAUCAAGGUACACUUUCACCGAUAAGAUAGGAAUGGACUCAUUAUCCAAUCAUUUCGAACAUAUUGAGGAAUUUCACGGGUUUGUAUGGUAUUUUCGGAGAGUUCCCAUAUGGAUGAGUGGUCUCCAUUGCCUUCGCAUCCUUGAGUUACAUGUGGAGGAGGCAUCAACUGAGGAGGUUCGUCUUCUUGGAAGGCUUCCCUCCCUCAUGAAACUCGAUUUUAGGCCAUCGCAUAUCCCAAAAGAAAGAGCUAUACUGCGCACAGGACUAUUUCCGGUUCUGGAGUAUUUUUUAUUCGAAUCUAGGGAAGACGUUAUGUCAUACCUGGGGUUCGAGGCGGGGGCCAUGCCCAACAUACAAACCCUCGUUCUCGGUAUCGAGAAGUGGUGCGGCAGAGUACCAGUCGGCAUGGAGCACUUGUUACGCCUCCAGAAGAUCAAACUGCUUCGGUUCAACUCCGGUGAGUCCAUCAUAGUAUCCACGCUCAAGCAUGCCUUAUCAGGGCACCCAAACCGCCCUUCUGUUAAAUAG